UUAACAUUUUAGUGCCCUGUGAUAGGUUAACUGUUGUGUUCGGUGACUAGUCGGGUCUGCUUUUGCUGUCGUUAGUUUGACGUUAAAACUCUCCACAAUUUCACACAAAUUCGGUCUGCAGAAUCAGCGAUGGCAAGUCAAGUCAAGAGCGAUGAACCCGGAGCUGUGGAGAAGGACAGCGCUUCAGCAGGACUGACAGUCGGAGAGAACAUAACAGAGACUGAUAGCUUGAAUCAAAGUCUGUUUAGUCUGGAUCCAAACGAGGAGUAUAAGAUGAAUCACAAGAAGCGAGGAAUGGCUCUGAUCUUUAACCACGAAAAUUUCUACUGGCACCUCAGGUUAAACAGCCGUUCUGGCACAAAUGCAGACAGGGAGAAUCUUGUUAGAAGAUUUAAAGAGCUGGAUUUUGAAGUGAAGGCUUAUGAUGAUUACAAGCGGGAUCAAGUUUUAGAAAAAAUCAAAGAAGCUGCUGCUGCUAACCAUGUGGAUGCAGACUGUUUCGUUUGCAUCUUUUUAAGUCAUGGAGAAAAUGGCCACAUCUAUGCCUAUGAUGAGAAGAUUGAAAUUCAAGAAAUCACUGAUUUGUUUAAGGGGGAUAUGUGCCGUAGCCUUGUAGGGAAACCCAAGAUCUUCAUCUUGCAGGCUUGUCGUGGUGACAAACAUGAUGAUCCUGUGAUACCAAUUGAUGUGGUGGACAGUCAAGCGGUCAAUGACAUGGUGGUAGAUGCGGGGGUGCUCUACACCCUUCCGGCAGGAGCAGACUUCCUCAUGUGCUACUCAGUGGCUGAGGGAUAUUACUCUCAUCGUGAGACCAUAAAUGGCUCGUGGUACAUCCAGGAUCUGUGUGAAAUCUUGAGGCGCUAUGGCUCCUCCCUGGAGUUCACUGAGAUCCUGACUCUUGUUAACAGGAAAGUUUCCUUGCGCAGUGUUGGAAACUGUAGGGAUCGCUCUGCUAUAGGCAAAAAACAGGUGCCUUGCUUUGCGUCCAUGCUCACUAAGAAGCUGUUUUUAAGGCCUAAGAAGGAGCAUUAGUGUUAAGGCCUAUUGCAGGUACAAAUUCGGGGAUUAGAUUAUUUUAACUGACUUUAUUUUGUGCUCCUAUAUACAUCAUUUUCAAAAUGGGAGUGUAUGCAGGUUUAUAUAUUUUAGCCUGGAGGUUUGACAGUUGGGCUUACAAAGUGCAAAUAGUAGCUUUUAGUUUCAUUUUUAACCCAUUAUCAGUAGCAUGUAUCAGUAUGUAUCAAUAGCAAUGCAAAGCAUUAUUUUUAAUUGAUUGCAAGCCUUUCCAGUUAUUUGUGGUAAAGGAAGCUUUGUUCUCUCACAAAAAGAUAUAAUUUAGAGGAGACUUAUGAAAAAUUAUAUUAUAUAAGUUAUACACAGAUUUGUAUCACUACAUUCAAUCAUGAUCUGACAUUAACAGCACUGAAGCAUGAUCUCUUCCAUCUGUGACACCUGUGUUAGUACCUCCAGGACUGUUAAGAACAAAACAAACAAGAAACUCCAGUUAUACAGCUAAAAAAAACUUGAAAAUCAUCAUCAACCAGAUUUGCAAUACAAAAUGGUUUUUUUUUUUUAACAAUUACUAGUUAAUGUAAUUAAAUGGGCGAUUAUGAUUUUGUGUUUACACAGUUGUCUUAAAUGUUGAAAAGAGUGACUUUUAGAGGUCUGGCCACAAAGAUACACUACACUUUUUAUGUAUCUGUCUUUUGACCUUUUGGCCUUUUAGUGUUGAGUUUUGUCACACGUGGCACUUGUUUUGUAAAGGAUAAAAGCAAUAUAUAACCGGAGCAAUUCCAGUAGCGUCCUCACACCGUCGGUGCUCUAGCCAUAAUGACAUCAACUGAAUGUCUUUAUACAUUCUUUGCUCAGUUCUGUUAACAUGGGAUGGAAUUUAUACUUUUAAUGUCUGGACAAGCUUUUUAAUGUGAGUCAUGUCCUCUUUGUAAAGACAUUCGUUUGGUAUGAGGUCUUCAUUUUCCUAAUAAUGUGACUUUUUUUCUGAGCUGAUGGCUCAUUGGGGUAAUUGGGAAAUUAGGUGUUCUGCGACAUCUUUUCCCCUUCUGGUUUUAAGCACAAACCUCACUAAAUUUUGUUAGAUUGCUUAAAACAGGGACUUAGAAUGUUUUACAGUAAUUCAUGGAUUUUUUUUAAUUUUUUAAAUAAAUGAUUUACGAUCACAGGGAGUAAAUAAUGUAUUGUAUGUUCUUACAGGGGUUCAACUUGUGUUGAAUGUAAAUAUAAUUUUUUGCUGUAUCUUUUGAUUGCAUGCACUUCUAUUAAAAUAAAUGGGCUUAUACAAUUAAGGGGGAUUGUUUUUUUUUGUUUGUUUUUUACCCUGUGAAUCUUGCGUGCUUUGUCUUAAAUGUUGAAGAGUGACCUUUAGAAAUCUGUCCACAGAGAUACUCUACACUUUAUGUAUCACAUAUUUUGAUUACAGUGUAAUAGGGCCUGUCUUUUGACCUGUUGCCAUUUGGUCUUGAGUUUUGCUACAUGUGGCACUUGAUUCAUAAAGAAUAAAAGUAAUUAUACUA